UCAUCGUGUCCAUCAUCUCCACAACAAAACGAUGAUUUUGCGGACUCUUUCUUAGCAGAUCCACCAAAACGUACCUGCGGAAUAAUCCGAAACUCCAACUUAAUGUUAACUUCUAAUAACGUCUUCGCCCCAAAGUUUUCACUUUCAAAGAUUAACGUGAAAAUUGAACCAGGAACGAGAUUUCACCUGCCUCCAACUCCUCCGUCGUGUAGUAGCAGUGAAGAUAGUGAGGAUAAUUCGCAUUCGCCAUGUGUUCGAAAGACGAAUGCGCGUGUUAUGGUUACACAUACCACGAGACAACCAAUUAAUACCCCAUUAAUAAGUACUCAACCUAAAGGUUCAACUGGAACUUUGAUAUUAACAGAGGAAGAAAAACGAACUUUAAUAGCCGAGGGAUAUCCAGUUCCAACUCGUUUACCGCUUACGAAAGCUGAAGAAAAAUCGUUAAAGAAAAUAAGGAGGAAAAUUAAAAAUAAGAUAUCGGCUCAAGAAAGUAGAAGAAAGAAAAAAGAAUACAUGGAUCAAUUAGAAAGAAAAGUGGAUAUCUUGGUAUCGGAAAAUUCCGAGUACAAAANUCUCUCAUUAUUUGUUUUUAAAGCGUCUUGCACU